AUGGCUCCUUCCCGAUUUUUGUCUGCCCUACCUCGCUUUUCUAGGUUUGCUAGAACAUAUAGUAUUGGAACUGCAACCAGUUAUAAACCCGUUGUUGAGUCGUCACAUAUUCCGUCCACUGAAGUCAGUACUCUAAAGAAUGGUUUCCGCAUUGCCUCGGAAAACUGGAAUGUGCCAACAUGCACUGUCGGGCUUUGGAUUGAUGUUGGAAGUCGCUUCGAAAAUGAAGCCAAUAAUGGCGUUGCCCAUUUCCUCGAACAUAUGGCUUUCAAAGGAACGGAUAAGCGAACUCAGCAAUCUCUUGAAUCUGAGGUUGAAAACAAGGGGGCUCAUCUUAAUGCCUAUACUUCAAGAGAGAUGACCGUUUACUAUGCCAAGUGUUUCUCAAAAGAUAUAGAUUGGGCUUGUGAGCUCAUCUCUGACAUUAUUAGAAAUAGUAAACUCGAUCAGCAACAAGUUGAAAGAGAACGUGGGGUUAUUUUGCGCGAAAUGGAAGAAGUUGAAAGCAACUAUCAAGAGGUUGUUUUCGAUUAUCUGCAUGCUACCGCUUAUCAAGGCACUCCUCUGGGCCGAACUAUCUUGGGUCCAGAGAAGAAUGUUAAAUCCCUUCAACCGAAAGAUCUUCGGAGUUUUAUUCAAACAAACUACAAAGCUCCGAGAAUGGUCUUAACUGCAGCUGGUGGCGUUGAUCAUGCCCAGUUGAGAGAUCUUGGCGAAAAAUAUUUUGGUGACAUAUCUGGAUUUAUUGAUGGAAAUGCUCCAUCCGUAGAACCUUGUCGGUUCACUGGUUCAGAAAUUCGUGAUCGAGAUGAUGCUAUGCCCUUAGCUCAUGUUGCUUUAGCUUUCGAGGGUCCAGGAUGGACCGAUCCCGAUACCCUUGCAUUAAUGGUUGGUAGUUGUGUCAACGGAGCCUGGGAUAGAACUCACGGAGGUGGCUCAAAUCUCGCUAGUCCUCUUGCCAGCAAAUUCUUCCAAGAUGGAUACGUUCACAGCUAUCAGCACUUCUUCACCUGCUACCAUGACACUUCCCUCUGGGGUGUUUAUUUCACGGGAGAGAAGUUCGAUUUAGAUGUAGCUGUUAAUGCUUUUACUAAGGAGAUGGUUCGCAUGAGCUCCCAAAUUACUGAACAUGAAGUUGAACGAGCUAAGAACCAACUCAAAACCCAUCUCAUGAUUCAGUUGGAUGGAACCACUCCAAUUUGCGAGGAUAUUGGGCGUCAGAUGCUAGUCUAUGGACGUCGUGUUCCUGUUAAUGAAAUGUUAGCUAGAAUCGACGCAAUUGAUGCUAAUAGACUUCGUGAAGUUUGCUCGAAAUACGUGUUCGAUAGAUGUCCCGCUGUUGCUUCUAUUGGCCCGAUUGAAUCACUUCCAGACUAUAAUAGAAUUCGUGAUCAGACCUGGUGGAUUCGUAUGUAG